GUCACACCCCACCCCAUCCAUAUGGCAUGCAACCCACUCCGCCCCCACAUAGUGUACAUAACAAACGGGCUUAAUUGGCAAUUUAGUAUCGAAUUAAAUGUGCGCGGCAGGUAGUCCGAACGUCAGUGCGCUUCUCCGGCAGAAUGUGCUCCUGCGGGCUGGUAGUGUCCUCCGGAACUGGGAUUCCAUCGCUAUCCUGUCUCCUUUGCCAUGCAAAUCAAAUUUUAGAUCCGAAUCCCGCGCUUUCUCGUCGGACGGUGGGGCUUCUGCUCCAGCUGCUCCCACCCAGAUCUCGCACCCAAAAACAGUGAGUGAUUUCCAAAAGCUUCACGAAGCCACCAAAAAGAAGUUCCAAUCCAAGAAACUACCCGUUGAUGUGCAUCCGGAUGCCGUGUUCGCCUGUAACGAGUUGGAUCUCAGCGAGGUGCAGGUGUACGGAUUUGAUUACGACUAUACCCUUGCCUGUUAUAAACCGAUCCUAGAAGACCUCCUGUAUAACCUGGCCAGGGAGAUGCUCGUGAAAAGGUUCCGCUAUCCUGAGGAUAUCUUGGAACUUGAGUACGAGCCCAACUUUGCAGUUCGCGGCCUGCACUAUGAUGUGGAAAAGGGUCUACUCGUAAAACUGGAUAGCUUUCUACAGCUGCAGUUGGGCUCGGUCUACCGAGGACGAACUAAAGUGGAGGCGGAGGAGGUGUUGAAGCUAUACCACAACCGCCUACUGCCAAUAGCCUACGUGGAGGGUCCCAACAACAGUUAUAGGCACAACACCAACUCCAAAAUGGUGCAAUUGGCCGACUUAUUUUCCGUACCUGAAAUGUGCCUGCUGUGCAAUGUAAUCGAAUAUUUUGAGCGCAAUCGUAUCGACUAUAAUCCGGAGAUCGUUUUCCAUGACACCAGGACCGCCAUGGGCUCCUGCCACCCCAUAAUGCAUGGCAAGGUGAUGAUGAACACCGAAAAGUACAUAGAACGCAACCCGAAGCUAGUCAAGUUUUUCGAGAAACUGCAGCAGGCGGGGAAGAAUCUCUUUCUGGUCACUAAUAGUCCGUAUUCAUUUGUGAACUGUGGCAUGUCCUGGUUGGUAGGCUCCAAUUGGCGUGAUUUCUUUGAUGUGGUCAUAGUGCAGGCUCGCAAACCUAAGUUCUUCACGGAUGAAUCUCGACCCAUAAGGCUGUUCGACGAGCGAACGCAGUCUCAUCUGUGGGAUCGGGUCUUCAAGCUCGAGAAGGGAAAAAUCUACUACGAAGGUUCGGUAAGGCAGCUUCAAGAACUUAAAGGCUGGCGCGGUCAUUCCGUGCUCUAUUUCGGAGAUCAUCCGUACAGCGACCUGGCAGAUGUUACCCUGAAGCACAGUUGGCGAACAGGAGCCAUAAUCAGUGAACUUGCUCACGAAAUUAAAACCCUUAAUCGUGAGGACUUCAAGAUGAGUGCCAAUUGGCUGCAAAUGCUGACGCAGCUCAUAGAGGAAACGCAGGACGAUGAGAGUGAGGCAGCACAGAUUUGCUUGAAAGAGUGGAUGGAGGAGCGGGAUCAGUUACGCAACAAAACAAAGAACGUGUUCAACGAGCAGUUUGGCAGCGUUUUCCGCACUUAUCACAAUCCCACAUACUUCUCGAGACGCCUCUUCCGCUUUGCCGACAUCUACACCAGCGACAUAACAAAUCUGCUCAAGUUCUCCACCACCCACACCUUCUAUCCCCGACGGGGCGUGAUGCCCCACGAAUAUGCCUCCCACUUCAUUUAGACAAAAUGAAGAUGAAUGCCUGUUAGCAAGCUUAUAUUAGUUGUAGGUGAAAAAAGUGCCAGUGUUGAUUGCUUGUAGCUCGAAACUAGUGAAUUUAAUAUCGUGUAUAUCGUUAUUUACAUUGUUGCUCAAUAAAAUCGUUGUAAUAGUUCAAAAAAA